AUGAAGUAUUCAGGAAAUAUUCGUCCUCCUCAGUCGAAGCUGCUCCGUACGUUGGCAGUGAGAUUACUGCAGUCUGCGAUGGAAGUACUGCGCAACGAUUAUUUGCAGCAUAUGCACGGCCACAACAAUGAUCAUUUCUCCAUUCUUGGUUUGAACCUUGAGUUGGUUAAUGGGAAGCACUUCUUCCGAUGUCAGCACCUCGGCAGUGAUUAG